UUAUAUGAUAAACCCUAGGGUUUAACACUUCAACACAAACCCAAAUCUCAAACCCUCCAAAAAAAACCAUGAACACCAUUUUCUUGAAAUCAGCAGCUGUGGCUUCUCCUUGCAGACUAACCGCUCUUUCUUCCUUAAGAAGGCUUCUUAUCCCUUCUUUAUCUUUAUCUUCUUCUUCUUUUAUUUCAUCACAACCCAAUAUUCCAUACAAAUUAACAAAUCCCAUUUCUGGGGUUUUAAAUGGGUCCAGUUUUCACUCAUCUACAUGGCUAGAUGUCAAGGCCUCCCCUGUUUUAUCACAGGCUGCUACGUCUUUUGCGGUUGCGGCCGAUGUUUCCGACGAUGAAGUCGUUGGUUCUUCGGAUGGGCUUGAGGUGUCUAAACUUGGCAUUUCUCAAGAAAUUGUUACCGCCCUUGCUAAAAAGGGUAUUACUAAGCUCUUUCCUAUUCAGAGAGCUGUCCUGGAGCCAGCAAUGAAGGGGCGUGAUAUGAUUGGUCGUGCAAGGACAGGGACUGGGAAAACACUUGCUUUUGGUAUUCCUAUCAUGGAUAAGAUUACUCAAUCCAAUAAAAAGAAUGGAAAAGGGAGAAACCCACUAGCCAUUGUAUUGGCUCCAACAAGAGAACUUGCUCGUCAAGUUGAAAAGGAAUUUUACGAGACUGCACCUAAUUUGGAUACACUUUGUGUUUAUGGUGGUGUACCAAUCCAACGUCAGAUGAGUACUCUUGAUCAUGGGAUUGAUGUACUUGUAGGCACCCCUGGUCGGGUGAUUGAUCUGAUCAAAAGGGGUUGUUUGAAAUUAUCAGAAGUUCAAUUUUGUGUUUUGGAUGAAGCUGAUCAGAUGCUCAAUGUGGGUUUCGCUGAUGAUGUUGAAACAAUUUUAGAACAUUUACCUCGAGAGCGUCAGAGUAUGAUGUUUUCUGCAACUAUGCCAAGUUGGAUUGUAAAGCUCACCCGCAAGUAUCUAAAGAAUCCAUUAACGAUUGAUCUUGUUGGGGAUUCUGAUCAGAAAUUGGCUGAUGGAAUUACACUGUAUUCGAUCGCAUCUGAUAUGCAUGAUAAACCUUCGAUUAUUGCUCCACUUAUAACAGAGCAUGCAAAUGGGGGUAAAUCUAUAGUUUUCACCCAAACAAAGCGAGAUGCAGAUCGCUUGGCACAAGCCAUGCAAAGGCACUUCAGCUGUGAAGCCCUCCAUGGGGAUAUUUCUCAAAAUCAGAGGGAGAGAACACUCUCAGGCUUUAGAGAUGGCCGCUUUAAUGUUUUAAUAGCUACUGAUGUUGCCGCUCGUGGUCUUGAUGUUCCCAAUGUUGAUCUGGUGAUACAUUAUGAGCUUCCUAGCUCUUCUGAAGUUUUUGUUCACCGGUCAGGGCGGACAGGUCGUGCUGGAAAGAAAGGAAGAGCAAUUCUAAUCCAUUCGUCAUCUCAAUUGCGAGAUGUGAAGAGUUAUGAGCGGGAAGUAGGAUGCAGAUUUGUGGAGCUCCCUCGAAUCACGGUUGAGGCUGGUUCAAGAAUUGAGCUUGGUGGUGGUUCUAGCUCUUUUGGUGGUAGAUUUGGUGGAUCAAAUGGCUAUGGUGGUGGUCGUUUUGGUUCAAGUGGUGGCAGAUCAUCUCGUGACUCAGGUUAUGGUGGAUCUAGUUACGGUGGAUCAGGUGGUGGAUCAGGUGGUGGAUACAGAGGAUCCAGCUCUGAUCGUUCAAGUGGUUAUGGAAACUCACGGUCAAGUGGGUAUGGGAAAUCUGGUUCAGAUCGCUCAAGUGGUUUUGGUAGCUUUAGUGGUGCUGGUGCAGGUCGUUCAAGUGGUUUUGGCGACCGUUUUGGUAGUUUUGGAAAGGAUUAGGCGAAGACUUCCUUCCUAUCUGAUAGUAACAGGUGGGAUAUGAAAGGGCAAUUUACUAAGUUGUCUGGGGCGACAACGAAAGACUAAUAUAUAAGCAAGUCAACGACAUUGAUCUUGUGUGCCCCGCCAGAACACGGAUGAAGAUGUCAAACUUACUCAUUCUUGUUAAGUUAUUUUUUAUUUUGCAUAUUGGAACUUUCUCAGCAAUUCUUUUGAGAGGUGUCCUCGCCUCUUAGAUGUCAAAUCGGUUUUGUACACAUUUACUAAUCGCUUACGGUUACAGUUAUUUCGGUUUCAUCAUAAAUAGAAAGUAGAAGACGACCCGUUUUUCUAACUGGAAUUGAAUACAAAGUUUUCCA